AUGGCAUAUGACUAUGAAUAUGAUGAGUCUGGCCUUGCCUCGAGCUAUCUGCUACUAUCGAUGCUGGUUCCUGUGGCCUUGUAUAUGACCUAUGACCUGGUUGAUAGUUCUCCCAUCAGGAGGGUGCGAUGUUCCUGUUCUGGAUGCAAGAACAAGGAUGUGAACAGAAAAACAAAGAGGAAGGUGUUUACGACGAUUAUAUGGAUUGUCAUAUCGUAUUUGAUCAGCAAUAUAAGGACCUUGAAGAUUGAGUAUAACAAAGGGUUUGAUCCCUUGGAGGUGCUUGGGAUUGAUGAGGGGACGGGGGAGAAGGAGAUUAAGAAGAGGCUUCGGAGGCUUCUGAUGAAGUACAACCUCAGCAAGGCGCCUGAGGAUCUUCGGAAGGAGUACGAGGAGAAGCAGAAGAUUAUCAACAAGGCGUAUGGGCUUGUGAGCGACAAGAAGAGGUAUGAGGCAUGGCUGAACAGCGAAUCGAAGACUGGGGAGAUAGUUGCGAUUCCCAAGAUUGUUAUUAAGAGGGGGAUGUAUGCGUUUGCCCUGUACUCCCUGCUUCUCGGAGUGUUUCUUCCAAGAUGGGCUUACCGGAAAUGGAGGGAGAUCCGGGACCUUAACAGGGUUGGGGUGAACUUCCGGACUAUGGAGAUGUUCUACGAGAAGAUUGAUGCUGGGGUGAAUCAGACGAAAUGCCCUUCUGAGGCGGUGACGAAGCUGAUUAUGAUUAUGAUGAGGUCUGUUGAGUUUAGUGAGUACAGGUGGAAGAGCGAUGUUGAGGGCCUUCGAGGCAAGAUUGAAAGCGGGUUUGCAUUUCCGCUGAAAGACUGCGGGAAGGAGAGCAAGGGAUACCUUGUGUUGAUGGACCAUCUUUUCCGAAUUGGGCAAGCAGAAAGAAGUGAUGUUGAGUAUGUGCAAAGGGCUUCUCUGAGGUUGGUUGAGGGUAUGAAAGCGAUUGGAAUAGCGAAGAGGUAUGGCAAUGUUGUGAAGAGCCUUGUGAUUCUUGAGUCGAUGAUUAUCCAGGCUGUGUUUGAUAUGAAGUACUCGAUGCUUCAGAUUCCCUUUGUAAGGUUUGAGGACAUAUUUAUACAAGAGAAUUGCAAGGAAAAGAUAUCUGCAGAGGGAUACAUAGGAACGGCACUUUCGGGGGAGAAGAGGGAGUCUGCACUGAAUGUAUGCAACAGCAUUCCUCUUGUUAGGAUAGCGGAGUUCAGUGCAUCUGUGAUUGAGACUGGGGUUGUUAAAGACGAGGAGGACGACGAGCCCUCUUCAUCUGAGAAUCUAGUCACCAAGAACGAUUCUGAAGAGAAGGCGAAGAGUGCAAGAGAGCAAGCUGUAUAUGUUAUUCCUGGGGGGAGCAUUGCAACAAUCAAUGUUGUCCUUGAUAGAGAAUGCAAAGUUGAUGGCUGUGGCAAGGGAGAGAUGAUAGUGCAUGCACCCUUUAUGAGGGAGUCGUUUUUUGUCAAGUGGAUUGUGAUGCUGACUGUAGACAAUGUCAUCUAUGGAAAGAUAAAGGUUAUAGAUGACUUUGAGAAGAGGACAAGCAUCAGGUUCAGUGUGGAUGUUGGAGAGGUUCGGAAGAUGUGCGAAUGUAAAGUGUUUGUGGGGUGUGGGGAGUACAUGAAUAGAAAUGUGGAGAAGAGCAUUGUGAUCAAGGUUGAAUAA